ACCUAGCCUGAAAUGCUUACACGCUGUUUGUAAGAGCAUCUGCACUCCUAGAAAACUUGGUCUACUGCAUGUUAUCAAGUUAAAAACCUUGCUAUACGAGUACGUAGAUGUGGUCGUUUGGAUGCAUAGAUUAAUUUAUAAACUGUCUGUAAAGCAAGCAUCAGAUGGACUUACCGGGGCGUUUCGCUGUAUUUUGUAUUUUACUUAGCUGGCACGAUGUUCAUUCCGAUCCGAAAAUAGUUGCGACAGCCACCAACCCAGAUGACUUCCCGAAUUUUCAAGCAGGACCGCUAAGCCCGGAAGAAUGUUCCGUGCGUCAGAUUAGUAUAUGCAAUCCGUUUUACGCCUUCGAGCGCGAUUGCACCGGUUAUACUGCCUAUCAGAUAAGUGUAUCUGAAGAGCGCUACAUGGGGGAAGUGAGUCCGGUCGUGCACCAGUGCGAUGCGGACGCAGCGCGCGCUGACGUAAGAAAACAGGCUGCGGCCAUCGCCAGACUACCGUUACGACCGGUCCGAUUAACCAUUAAGGGUGGAAUACCGGUUAACGGUUCCGAUGUGUCGCCCAUACGAAAUCAGAUUGUUAUUGUUGAUGUUCUUGUAUCCCAAGAUCCGCGGACAACCGGUCAACUCCGCAACCUGGGUCUAAUCAAUCUUGUGCACUACAAUACAUUUAGAUGCUUCGAUCUGGACAUUAAGAAGAGUGAUUUCAAGGCUUCGAAGAAAUUGCGAAUGAUCGCAUUUUUCAACUCCACCAUCCGCACUUUGGAAGCAGGCACUUUUAUGGAUCUACCGUUUCUGAGUGUCCUCACGUUGGAACAGCUACAUCAAUAUGUCAACGAGACAAAAGUUCCCGCGACUUUUGAUCAACAUUUCCGUGACUAUUUAUCUCGUCUGCACUGCAACUGUAAUUUUGCCUGGUUCCGUCGCUGGUGGAGUACCAAUUCCGCUUUGCUGCGUACGGUGGAAAGAUCCGAAAUAUAUUCUUUCAUCGGUGCCUGGAGCAAUCCAGUCAUCACGAAAGAGGAAAUGUACGUGCCUAUUGACUGUGCAGAAGCAGUGCCGUUCGGACAAGGCAAUGUUAAUUUCAACCAGACUGAGUAUUCCUUAAACGACGAUAUGUGCGAGGGCGCUUGAGAUGCUACACUUUGUAACUUUCUUUUGCUCUGUUUCUAACUUUCUUUCUAUUUUACUCUGUAAAGGUGUGCAAUGAGUGCAGUCGUGUUGUUCUGCCGUAGUAUUUUACAUAUUUCUACAGAGUACUGUACUUAAAACUUAAUAUCACAACAUGGAAUAGCGCUUUUAAAGGCUUUUAUUCUACCAGUUUCCAGAAUCACACGUAAACACCGACACAGCAGAUUUCUGU